AUGAGAAUUGCAGGAAAUACCUCGGACCAGGACUCUGACCGCGAACCCGAUCCACCCACCAAGACUGUCGACAAGCCGGCUCCUCGUCAUGGCAAACGCGAUGCGCCAAAGGAAGCCCCUGCGCCCCCAGCUGACCGCGCCGGCGUAGCUCCUCGAGGCGGUCGCGGUGGUCAGCGCUCAGGUGGUUUCAAUGACAACGAAACUGCCUUCCGCAACAGAGCUACCGGUAGAAACUACAAUCGCGAUCAACCCACCGAAGGUGCUGGCGAAGAUGGCUAUGGCAAUCGCCCUGGCCGUGACAGCGGCCCAGGUGUUCGGCGCGGUGGCCGUGGCCAGCGAGGACCUCGUCGUGGCGGAGAUCGUCACAGCCGCACUGGUGUUGCUGACCAUCCGAAGCAGGUGGACCAUGGCUGGGGUGAAAGCACUGGUCAAGGCGAAUGGGCCGAUGAGAAGGCUGGAGAAGCCAUAGCCACAGAAGAACAGAAGGAGGGUGGAUGGGACGCUGGUGCCCAGAACCCGGCGUGGAAUGAAAAUGCUGAACAAACCACCAUUCCCGAGGAUGGCGCUGUCCCAGAUCCGGCCGCUCCAGAGGCUGAACCCGAGCCAGAGGACACCCACAAGUCCUAUGCCGAGUACCUUGCUGAGCAGGCUGCCAAGAAGUUGGAAGGCCUUGGUCUGAAGGAAGCUCGUCGACCCAACGAGGGCGCCAAGGAGAACAAGAAGUGGAAUGCGGCCAAGGAGCUUACCAAGACCGAGGACGCCGACUACUUCAAGGGCGAGGAGAAGGCCAAGCGCGAACGCGAGCGUGCCACGAAGAAAGAGUUCCUUGACAUUGACUACAGCUUCAAAGAGCAGUCGCGCGAGGGCCGUGGUGGCCGUGGUGGUCGCGGCAGUGGGCGCGCACGCGGAGACCGUGGUGAUUUCCGUGGCGGACGAGGCGGUGGUGGCGAUCGCGGUGAUCGUAGCGACCGUGGUGAGUUCCGCGGCGCGCGUGGACGCGGACGCGGUGAGCGAGAACGUGGCGACUUCCGUGGAGGACGAGGACGCGGUGGCCGUGGCGAUGCUCCUGCUGUCCCGGUCGACGACGAAUCGGCUUUCCCCAGCUUGGGAGGAAAGUAA